AUGUCUCAUUCUACAAUCCAACCUCCAAUCACACCCGAUCAAUACACCGAAGGUGAUCCUUUCCAUACAAUCUUACCUAUCACCAAAAGAAUCACUGAUUUCAUGUAUGAAUGCGAAAAGAAACCCAACUGGGAAGAAAUACAAAUCAUGAAUACUCCAGAUGGUAUUUGGUACCAAGAAUACAUUUCGAAUGAGAAUAAUUCUAGAAGAAUUUUCGAAGGGAAAACACCUGAUCGAUGGGGUGAAAGUAUCGUUAUGAUGCAUGAAUUAAGUGUGACAUCCGACUCUCUACAAAAUCAAGAUGAAGAAACAAUCCUGACAAUCAGGAAACCUAUAUCUCUAAUGGAACAUACGGUUGGUAAUACUAUAAUCAGAAGAACCACUACAUGUUCUUGGGAUGAAAAUAAUGAUCAUACUUAUUUACGAUUAGAAGAUUGUAACUUUUUUGAAGUUGAUAUUCUUGAAACUUCUAAACUUGGUGCAAAAUUCGAUUUGAAAUCCUUACAUACUGGUGUGAUCAGAGAAGAAAAUACUAUUUAUCAAUAUAAAAUACCUGCCAAAAAUUAUUAUCCUCAUGGAGGUUGGAGUAUUUACUGGUCAUUAUUCCCGCCAAGCGAUUGA